UGUAAAGAACAAUAUAUAGAUAAAAUACGAAACUCCGAACUCAGGUGGCGCUGUUGUGUUAUGGUGGUUGCCGAUGUAAACAAAGAUUCUGACAAAAUUGCUGGGUAUUUUUGGAUCACAAUAAUCUUACAAUAUAUUAGUUUUCAAUAUGUCUGAUGGAGAAAUAGACCCAAUAUUACCUGUUGUUGAUAUCAGUAAUAAUCGUAAUAAUUCUAGAAAUGGGAUCCGUGAUAACGAUGAUGAAGAUUAUGAUUCUGAAUUUGAAUCGAAUUCAGAAUUAGAUGAAGAAGAUAUUGAUGAAGAUAAUAGAAAUAGAUCUAGUCCUACAUCUCCAACUAGAAAUAGAACAAAUACUCCCCGACGAAAAGUUAAGACAGUCAAUGGUAAAAAGAUCAGCAUUGAUAUGACCCCACCAGAUCAAAAAUUACAUAAUUGUAUAUUGAAAGCUAAAAAACUAGCAGCUAAUAAAAAGGCUGAUAAAGCAAUACAUGAGUAUACAAAAUGUUUGGCUUUAUCAAGAAUAGUUUAUGGUAAUAAUCACUGGAAAUAUGCUGAGAGUCAUGUUAAUUUAGCAGAAGCCUAUCUUGAAUUGAAGGAUUACACAGCUCAAGCAGAAUAUCAUUCUGAAAAUGCUAAGAAUGUGAUGUUACAUGGAAUUCACACAACUAGUACCCAGGAGGAAAAAGCAGACAUUUAUCAUGUUCUGACAAGAAUUUACUAUACACUUGGAAAAACCUAUACAAGUAUGAAAAAAUAUAAUGAAGCUGAACAGGCAUUAACUAAGUCUAACAGAAUAGCUGAAGAAAGAAGUAUAUUAAGUUGUGUAACUGUUGAUCAAAUGGAUGAAAUUAAUCAAAAUUUAUCACUAGCCAGUGCAAGGUUACAUGGUAAACAGAAGAAGUAUGCUCUAGCUAGUGCUGAUUAUGAUAAAACAUUAGAACUUAUGAAAAUAAGAUAUGGUGAAGAUGCCUUACAGUUAAUACCUGUUUAUCAGGAAUAUGGAAGAUUAGAACAAAGUAAAGGUCGACAUGCCAAUCAUGAUAAGGCUAUAGAACAGUUUCUACAAGCACAUUCUAUAGCAUCAAGUCAUUAUAAAGAUGGAAGUAUGCAGUCUGUUGAUACUGCUUUAUCUCUAGCUCAAGCUUAUGCUAAUACUGGCCAAGAUGAGGCAGAAGAUUCUGCUAAAAGUUAUCUAAAUGAAUGUGUUGCCAACUGUACUAUAGUGUAUGGACCACAUCAUGCAAAAACAUUAGAAGUUCAAGAUGAGCUUGCCCGUCUACUGAUUAGGACAGACAAUCAAGAGGAGGCAAUGAGUAUACUGAAAUCCAGUAUAAAUCCCAAAAGUGAAGUGUUUGGAGAUUACUCGGAGUCUGUGUCUGACACAUAUAAACUAAUGGCAUCAGUCCACUUAUCUCAGGGCAAUUUAGAGAAAGCUCUUAAGGCUUACAAAAAGUGUUAUGGUAUUGAAACUUUGGUGUUAGGAAAAAAUCAUAAAAAGACGAAAGAAUCUCUAAAAACAAUGGAAAUACUGAUGUCGAGUCCUGGUAUGUCAUCAAAAUUUGUAUUAGACAAAGCUGAUGAAUUACAGAAAAGACCUAGAUUUAACAGUGUAGUUAACACAAAUCAACCUAUAGGUUUUAAACCACAGUGAAUCAAAUGUUGUUUUUUAUAUUUUGAAACAAAUUUAAAUUAUUACAAAUUGUCCAGUAGUGUACAUAUAGAUAAAGCUAAAACGUAAGUACAUUGACAUUGUAAAUAUCAGAUGUCAAUUGCAAUUUGUUUAAUUUCAUUUAAUGUGGUACUCGGGUAACGUUUGAUAAUCUGACAUAUUUUCUUUGAAGCGGGAAUUCAGAAGAUCACGUGAACUGACUCGACUAAUCAAAUUUUGUGAGAAAUUAUGGUAAGAUGUGUCUAUAUAUGGUGGUCGGUUUAGCGAUACAAACAAUACUUACUUACUGAACUCAUUUGUGGUGGAAAGUAGAUCAGACUUGAAUCAUAUAAAUAAACAAAACAAAAUUUAACGUACCAAAUUUAAUUAGAUUAUUAACAUCUAUCAAAAAGGUAUGGUUAUAUGCCUUUCAUCAUAGACAUGUAGGAACCUUUAAGAUAAGGAUUGCUGUACAAUUGCUGACCAAAUUUAUUGAUGAAAAAUGUACAACAAUAGAACUUUUGUCUGAAACAUAUCUAAUUAAUGCCUGUUAAUUUUGCCUGAGAAUAUGUAUUGGUUCUUUAUUGUGUCAUAAUACCUUUAAAAUACCUGAAUGUGAGCUAAAUAAAGGCAUUGCAUAACAUUGAAAUUGUAACAAAGUUUUUAUUAGAUCUGGACAAGAGAGUUGUUGCCUGGCAACUCAUGUCUGAUUAAAUUGGUGAGAUUUAAACAAAUGUUUUUCUGUGAUAUAAUUUAUUUAUUUAAUUUAAACAUAAUUACUUUUAAUUGUAAUAUAUGUGUAUGUAGAUGUAUAUUGUUAAAUAAUGUAUUUUUAUGGAGGCUAUAGCAUUUAAGAAAACACUUAAUUGUUAGAAUGUGAUAAAUUACAAUGUCAUUCCAUUUUUACGUAACAAGAAAAGUACACAAAUGUAUUUGAAAUAAAUGUAAUACAUAAAUUAAAAAUUAUAUGAAUAUUUUCUUCCUUAAAAAUAAAUUAUAAGCUUA